AUGGCUGGAAACUUACCGCCUGGAUUUGGCAUGCCGCCGGGCGCCGGGUUGCCCGGAAUGGGCGCGGGAAGCCCGUUCGACAUGGAUAAGCUGCGAGAGAUGCUGGAUGAUCCCUCGAUCAAAGAGAUGGCGGAACAGAUCAGUAGUGAUCCGAACUUUAAGGUGAUGGCUGAGCAGAUGCAGGCGAACAUGGCGAACAUGCAGGCGCAGAUGGGGGCGCUGCCGCCGGGCAUCGGAGGCGUGGCGCCGAACAUGAUGGGCGGCAUGAUGCCGGGCAUGGCUGGGAUGCCGGGCGGUGCGGAUCAACAGGCUGCGAUGGAGGCGAUGCAAAACGUGAUGCAAAACCCAGCGUUCAUGAAGAUGGCGCAAAAGCUCGGAGAGCAAAUGAUGCAGAACCCCGAGAUGCAGUCCAUGAUGCAAACCAUGAACGACCCGGAGACGGCGGAGAAGAUGAAGGCGAAGAUGGAAGAGCUCAAGAACGAUCCGGAGAUGGCUGAUAUUAUGAGCGAAAUCGAAACUGGUGGUCCGCAGGCGAUGAUGAAGUACUGGAACGACCCCAAGGUGCUCAAGAAGAUCAACGGCGCCAUGGGUGACAUCAUGCCCACCUUUGGCGCCGUCGCCGACGACGACGAAAGCGAGGUGGUGGAAGAGGAAGAAGCGGCGGAAGAGGAGGACGAAGAAGAGUCUGUCAUCACGGCCGCGUCCGAAGGCGAUCACGAGGCGAUGAUGGCGUUCAUCAAGGCAGGACAGGAUGUCAACAUGACCGAUUCGGAGGGCCGCACCGGCCUUCACUUUGCGUGCGGUUACGGCGAGCUCAAGUGCGCCGAACUCCUCGUCAAGGAAGGUGCUGACGUGAACGCUUCGGAUAAGAAUAAGAACACCCCUUUGCACUACGCCGCUGGUUACGGUCGCAGCGAUCUCGUCGAACUUCUCGUUGAAGCUGGCGGCUCUGUGACGAUGGUGAACAACGACGGCAAGUCGCCGCUCGACGUCGCCAAGCUCAACGACCAAGAAGACGUCGUCAAGGCGCUCGAGAAGGACGUUUUCCUGUAG